AUGCAGACAUAUAGUUUGAUAUUUCGAACGACUGUUGCCAUAUGUCUUUUCGUUUUAAAUUUUGCCACAUUAACGAAUAAUUAUGAUUUUUCCGAUGAACAAUUCGAAAUUCUUUUCAAAAAUUGGCUUGGAAACAAUCACAGUCAAUACGAUUCAUUGGAUGAAUAUCAACGAAGAAUGAGUAUUUUCAAAGAGAAUUAUUUUAAAAUUCAACAACUCAAUGAAAACCAUGGGCAUGGUGCGAUGUUUGAGUUGAAUCAAUUUGCUGAUCAAGCAGAACAUGAAUUUCGAAAUACGAUUUUAAUGCAGUCUCAAACAUCACCUAUACAUUCAGCAUCGAGGUAUAUGAAGUUUCCGACUGUUGGAGAUGUUCCUAAUUCGUUCGAUUGGCGAGAUUAUGGUGCAGUUACACCUGUAAAAGAUCAAGGAGCAGUACGUACAUGUUGGGCUUUUUCAGCUGUUCAAAAUGUCGAAGGUCAAUGGUUUAUGAAAAGUAAAACAUUGGCAGAGUUAUCUGUUGAGCAAAUAGUCGACUGUGAUGAUAUGCAAAAGCCUGAUUCAGGACAAGCUGACUGUGGUAUCUAUGGUGGUUGGCCAUAUCUUAGUUUUCAAUACAUGAUGCGUCAAGAUGGUAUUGAAUCCGAAUCAACCUAUCCUUAUUGUGCUGGAUUGAAAAAUCCAUGUAAACCUUGUAAUGCUCCCGGUUAUAAUAAAACCUUAUGUGGUCCUUCCGUACCAUACUGUUUAAUCAAAGAUAGUUGUGAAAGUAAACUUGACACAACAAAAUUUAUAUCUGGUCUUAAAGUAGUCGAUUGGAAAGCAAUUAAUGAAGAUGAAACAAAUAUUGCAGGUGCUUUAAUGAUUGCUGGUCCGUUAUCGGCUGCACUGAAUGCUGAACAAUUACAAUUCUAUCGCGAAGGAAUUUUCAAUCCACCUGUUUGUAAUCCGAAAACCCUUGAUCAUGCUGUACUUCUCGUCGGCUGGGGGGAAGAAGGAUCUACGCCUUAUUGGAUUGUGAAAAACAGUUGGGGUGUUAAUUGGGGCGAACAUGGUUAUUUUCGUAUUCUACGCGGUACAGGCACAUGUGGCAUUAAUACUCAAGUAACAACUGCUAUACUUCAUUAG